UGCCAUGUUACACACGUGCCUUUCUCUACUUCCCUUGUCACCUGGGACUCGGGUGGUUGUAACUAAGCUGUCACUUGUGUGACUCUUUGCCUGAGUCUGGUUGGUGCCCAGGCACUCGGGGUGAGGCCGCUGGGGUGUGUCCCCUGAACCAGCACAGGCCUGGUGUGUGGUAGCCCUGUGGGUGUCCAGCUCCCCCUCCUCACUGACACCCAGGCUUGGACUAGAUGUCUUUCUCGGAGUUCACUCACAUUGUGAUCCUGGAGGGGCCUGUUCAGCAGGGCUGGUCCUUGAGUGCAAAGAAUAGCUCAGUGUGGUGGGAGGAGCUCACAGAGAGUGUCCACAUCCGUCUCCAGCACCAUCCUCUAUGGAGGCCUCUGUCCCUGGGGCCCUUGAGGUGGAGGAGCUGUGCAGACUGAGGACCCAGAGGGGAGGGGCUCUAUCCUGCUGAGGGAGCUAUAAGACAGAUGUGUAUUUCUUGAAGGUGAUGGGGAAGGAAUAAUUGGAAAACACACCCUCAUUUCCUGGAGGUGGCUCAGGGGAGCAGAGGAAAGCAGUGGGGCCCCUGUCCACCCAGGCUGACUGGAAGCUCAGAGCCCUGUGUUCCCUGGGGAGACAGCCCCAGAGGGACCCCGGCCACUGCCCUUGUGGGAGUUGGCUCCACAGUCUGAGCCCUGAUGGCCUGUCCCCCCGACAUACCCCAGCUGACCUGCCAAGACAGGACCCGGGCCUUCAUCCGCAAAGCCUUGCAGAAGCAUCUCCUGGAGGAAGAAGAUCCAGAGGACUACAUGCUGGUGCAAAUUGUUUCACCGAAAAGAAGGAUGAAGAUUCCAGAUAGGGCCAAUAUCUUCUACGCCAUGGACCCUUCAGGCAAUUAUGAUUUGCUGCUGUCUAAGAAAACCUCCGCCAAGGGGAAGAAAGGGGAAAAGGGUGGCCUGUUCACCCUUUUCCAAGGGAAGAAGAAGUGAAGCCGCUUCUCACUGGCCCUGACAGCCGCCACCCUCAGGGUCAUCUUCCCAUGUGUAGCUGGUUGGGUGCCAUCGCCCUGCCAGGUGGGCACUUCCCUCCCCACCAGCCAGCUGAGCCCUCCCUGCCCUGACCCUUGUUUCAGCCCUGAACCUCUCCUCCUGCUGGCAUCUCCCUGCCCCUUGACAGCCUGACCCAGACUCCUGUGGACCACUCACUGCCCCCUCCUCGGGCCAUGGGUCCCCACACAUGACCUUCCCUGGGGUUCCUGCCCUGCCUCACCCCACUGCAGUGUUCCUCAGGCUGCUCCAAACGUUUUAUCAUCAGGACCUCCCCGGAGUGAGGCUUCUCCUCCCACCCAUCCCAGGCCCUCAUCCCAGGGAUUGCAGAGGCCUCUUCACUCUGUAAGGCUUUACCCAUUGAUGGAGGAAGCACCCAGCUGGGUGCCACAGACCUUAAAUCUGAAGCUGUGCAAGGGCCAUGCACCACUGCUUCCUGGGGUGUAUGAGACCCCUGGAGAUGGAGGUAGUGGGAGGGCAUAUUGGGGAGGAUU